ACUGCAUUUAUACGAAAAUAAGCAACUGCUCACCAUUUGUUGCCUGCUCGAAGUAAUUGAAAGUGUGUGUCCGAACAAACAAACCAAAGUUCUUUUUUUUUUUCUAUAAAUUCUGAUAUUAUACCACUUUAAUUAUGGAUGAUGGAGAUUAUGAUAAUGACGAUGUUGGAGGUGAUGAGUUCGAUGAUGUGGACGAGGAGGACAAUAUCGAUGAAAUUAAUCAAGAGGAGGAGGUAGAUAACAUUGAGAUUAUAGCACCCGGAGCAGCUGGAGGCGGUGUACCCAAAUCGAAGCGCAUCACCACUAAGUACAUGACGAAAUAUGAAAGAGCUCGUGUUUUAGGUACCAGAGCCUUGCAAAUUGCUAUGUGUGCUCCAAUUAUGGUUGAGUUAGAAGGUGAAACGGAUCCUCUACAAAUCGCUAUGAAAGAGUUGAAACAAAAGAAAAUUCCCAUUAUAAUUAGACGAUACCUUCCAGAUCAUUCGUAUGAGGACUGGAGCAUAGACGAAUUAAUUAUAGUCGACCACUAGUACAUAGCAAUUUAGUUUUUAAUUAAAAAUAAAUAUUUUUAGAAAACAAUAAGUCUUCGUUAAAGAAA